AGUCGGCCGGCGGGAAGCGCAGAUACGCCCUCGGCCGCGGCAGCAGCGAGACUCUGUCCCCCCUCGAGGACUCGCCGAGACAAAACACACGUGACAUGGGCGAUGAAAACGAAUAAUAACUAUUCCAGGUCCGGCAUCUUUGACGUGCGUGCAGUUGCGUUCGGAAGCAAGUGCAAAUAUAUAUGUGUUGUUGGACCCCCAUGGCGGCAACUGUUCGGGAAGCAUGGUGCUGAGGGAGGGUUUCGUCGCCGGGUCGGAAAGGCGCGACGCGGAGGAAGCGUAGCUUAGAGCGUGCCUAGAGCUCCUCUGCCAAGCAUGGCCAUCCUCCAGUCGUGCUGCUGCUGGCGCUCCGUGCGCAAGGGCAGCUACGCCAGCGCCGUCUACACCAUGGGCUACUUCGGUAUAACGGUGCUGAUAAUGUCCAAUUCCAUCCAAGAGGAGCGGCUUUACUGGCAGGGCAACCACACCACUCCGCUCAGCCCGAGCUUCCUGGAGCCCCAGUACGUCUCUCACGCCACGAUGGUGUUCAACGUGGUGGUUCUGUGUUGCUCCUCAUGCGGGGUGAUCACGUCCUUGCUGCUGAUAUACGGCGUGUUGAAGGACAUACGGUCGCUGCUGGUUCCGUGGAUACUGACGGUUGUGAUCACGAUGCUGCUGGACAUAUCCCACAUCAUUUACCUGUUCGCCUUGAACACAGUAACCUUCACACCAAUUACUGCGAUUCUGUUUACUUUGGAUUUUUUCCUGCUUACAUUAAAUAUCUACUCGUUGCUGUGUGUGAUAUCCCAGUACCAGGAGUACAAGGCCGGCAGGGGAACAGCGGAAGAUGACUACUAUCUAAAAAGGCUGCCGCCAGUCCACUACACCGCCAGACCCACCGCUACCAGCUGCCUCAGCACCAGGCGAGCCGUCACGUACCAGGAGACCCGCGCCUCACCCACCCAGAGCCCCACCGCUGUGCACUCCACCCUGCUGGGCGACGACUCCGCCUCCAGCCACCGUGUGCCGUCCUUGCACCGCAAGCAUGUCCAGUUCCCCGACCAGAAGUGCGACAAGCACUGCCGGGACAACUCCUCUCCGGAUGAUGCCGGAAGCUGUUCUGUGGUGAUGAUCAUCGAGGAGCCGUGGCCUGGUGGCGGCCGGGUGCCGGGACUGCCCAGCUUGUCGGUCGACCUGGCGCCACUCAUAGACCACGACCCGCCCUGCGCCAUCCAGCACGUGCUCAAGACGGUCAGCUAGGCACCACCGCUCAUCGGGCAUUCCCAUGAAGAACAUCUCUUUGUAGAACACUAUGGUCCAGAUUAGUACGUGAGACCGUCGUACAUUCUGAUGAGAAACAUCUCCCCGUGGAACUAACUGGUCCAGAUUAGCAUGUGAGACCAUCGGACAUUCUGAUGAGGAACAUCUCCCAGUGGAACUAACUGGUCCAAAUUAGCACUUGAGACCAUCGGACAUUCUGAUGAGGAAUAUCUUCCCCUUGAACUAACUGGUCCAGAUUGGCACGUGAGACCAUCGGACACUCUGAUGAGGGCUGUCUCUCUGUAGGAGACGCUGAUCCAGAGUAUCAGGCAAAAGCAUCGUACAUUCUGAUCAGUAAAAUAUUCACUAAUAAAGGUUGUCUUUUUACCUUACAAUUGGUUUGUAUGAGUAACUAAACCUUGCAUGGAGAGGUCUUUGACAUUCGUAAACAUAACAUGAAGGUUUAUGCAGAAAGAUAAGAAAAAAAAACCUUUCUAAACUUAGUUUGUUAAUGAAAUGGAAUGGAUUUACCUUUAUUAAUCAUGUUGUGGUUUGGAGCAAUGGGUAUCUUAGAUUGUUACGUGUUUUGAAUUAAAUAUUUUGUUGCACGGCAGGUGAUUUUUCUGUUUCAUGCAGAUGGAUGAGUUUUAUGUCUACAUGAUAUCCUCAAAUAUUUUCAAGAUUUCAGAAAAAAAAGCUCUCAUUUUUAUAGAAAUAUUUUUCACAGCAUAAAAAUAUAUACUCGAUCGUAGUGUAUAUGUGAUUUGUCAUAAUUGUUCAUUCGGUUUAAUAAACAGUCAAAAAAAUUUAACUCAUUUUACAAAAAAAUAGGCUUUUUAAUGUUAUUUUAAAAUUGGAUCUAUAAAUAUUUCCCAAUAUUUUAAAGUCACAUAAACAUUUAAUACCACUUUCAGCAAAAAUAAA